AUGAAAGCAAGAACCUCUAACGCCGCUGUGCUGGAACAAGCUUGGAAGAACUCUAGGAAAUCGAACUCUUUCAAACACGGUGGUUAUGACUUCGAGGUUGUAGAAGAUCACAUUUUGGAGUCGAUGUGUAGACAUAACGAAGACGCUUCUUCCUGCUCAAAAUGUCUUUUUGCUAAUACCUUGUCCUUACCCGAACUACCUGAAAUGGUGUUUCCUCAUAACCAACUUGUCAUAUCCUUUUCAAAAUUUCCAGGAUCUUGUAUUCGUUUUAAUGCGCUUGAUGCUCUCAAGCUUGUAUGCCCCGACAAGGUGCCAGAUAUUCAAGUCGCUCCUUCGGUUGUUUGGCAAGAGUCGAGAAAAGAGUUGCAAAUGAAUGGUCAAGCCGAGCCAUAUGAUUGGACUUUCACAACUAAAUAUUCUGGAACCGUAGAAAAUUGCAAACUUGAACCAAGUGAAGAAACGAUUGAUAUGGAGAGGUUGAAGCGCCAGGAUCCAAUUGCGUUUUAUGGUUUCGUCACAUUGUAUGAAGAUGAGCUUGCUGAUCAUGGAUGUGCCAAAAUGGAAGUGAGGAUACGCGUCAUGCCAACUUACUUCUUUGUUCUAGUUCGUUUUUACCUCCGUGUGGAUCGAGUAUUAAUUAGGGUGUGCGACACUCGCCUAGUCGGUGAUAAUCAUGCCAACUAUAUGAUUAGAGAAUGGAGUUUACGAGAAGCGAAAUAUGAAGAAGUUGCUCAUCUGCCUUCCAAUGUUUUACUUGAUGGUAACCAAGUGUGGCAGUAUUUACCAGUAAAAGAACAAGAAAUUGUAAAAAUUAUUCCGAAUGCUUAA